AUGUCUAACACACCGGCGGUAGAGCCGCAACCUCCUGCUUUCAAUUACAUUCUCGGUUUUCUUCUGGUCGGCAUUGCCUGGGGUUUCACAACUCCGUUCAUUCGCCGGGCCGCCAAAGACCACAACCCACCAGCUCACCCUACUCUUGAUAGAGAGGACGUCAAGGCGAGCUGGCUGAAGAGCAAGGUCUAUGGAGCAUUCUUUGCCGUGCUGGAUCUCCUCAAGAACCCACGGUAUGCGAUACCACUUCUGAUUAAUUUGACCGGGAGCGUGUGGUUCUUCCUAUUGAUCGGACAGGCCGAGUUGAGCUUGACUGUACCGAUUGUAAACACCCUCGCUUUUCUCUUUACGGUGCUAGGCGACUGGUGGGUCGAGAAGAAAGUAAUUGAUAGGAAUACCUGGAUUGGAAUGAUAUUUUCGCUCGGCGGAAUCGCCCUAUGUGUACACAGCAAGUCAGGUUGA